UUCUCCCCCGUCCGGCGUCAGGCUUCGUUGCUGCAAAAUUCCUCGUGUCCUAAACAAUGACCAACUUGAACUUGAAUUUUGUAUGGUCUUUACUGCAACAUCCCUCUCUACAACGCCUGCGCGGGAGAGUAUAUACCACUAUAUGGAAGCUUUCGCGGCGUUUAGGUCGCGGCGAACAUGCUGCGCGUGUGAUGCCCCUGCCAUUUGGCCUGUAUCUCAAGAAAGCCUACCCACAAGAGGUCUUGGCCACUCAGUACGUUCGCGAGCACACAACAAUCCCUGUUCCUAGAAUUCUCGACGUCGUCCCUUUCUGGCGCGAUCAGGUCUACAUACUGAUGACGCGAGUACCCGGCGAGGAGCUAGGCAAGAGCGCAGGCCACAUAAGGAAUCUCUCGCCUCGUCAGCUACAGGUUCUCGAGGACACGCUUCGCGACUGGUUCGGCCAGCUCAGAGCUCUCGAGCCUCCAGAUCCGGAUGCGGUUUGCGGGUUUGGUGGCAAUGGGAUCAAAAGCUAUCGCAUCAGACAUGACGAGUAUGUUGGGCCUUUCGCCUCGCAGAAAGAAUUUCAUGAGGAGCUGGUGAGUGGUUACGAGGCGACGCACGGCGUGAUGGCCGCCGCAAGCCACUCGAGACCACACCGGAUCUGUUUCACUCAUGGCGACAUCACCCCGCACAAUAUACUGCUCAACGAGGACAUGCGACCCGUUGGGCUGAUCGACUGGGAAUGCGCAGGCUGGCUUCCAGAAUAUUGGGAGUAUACGUACGCUCUCUACAUCAGAUAUCCGCGCUACAAGGAAUGGUCAGAUCUGUUUACUCGAAUAUUCCCGCAAUAUGGUGUCGAGCUUGAGGUCGAGUACGAGUUGUGGGAAAUUGCUGCGCCAUGGUAACUGUGGCAAUCAUGCGGAGCUCCGACAUCUCAUUCAGCGCAGCCAUAUUUCAGCAUCUAAGUGCAGCAAUGUUUGUUGAUGUCCCUGCGAUCUAGUAUAUUCAACGAGGUUUCAG